CCCCCAGGCGGAGCGGCGACAGCAUCACCGGGCCCCCAGCGGGGGGACAGCAAUCGGGCCCCCAGGCGGGGCGACAGGCAUCGGGCCCCCCAGGCGGAGGGCGGGGCGCCGCCCGACCCCCAGGAAUGGAGCGACAGGUCUCUCCCGGUCGGCCCUCAGGCGGAGCGGGCGGGCGCCGGACCCCCCAGGUGGAGCGACAGGUCUCGGGCCCUCAGAGCGGAGCGGCAUGUCGCCGGAUGCCCCAGGCGGAGCGACAAGGUCUCGGGCCCCCAGGCAGGUUGCGGCGGGCGCCAACCCCCGAUGGAGCGACAGGUCAGAAGCAGGCCCUCAGUCAUGGAGGAGUGCGGGCGCCGACCCCCAGGUGGAAGCGUCAGGUCUCGGGCCCUCAGGCGGCGAGCGGUCAGGGGGAGCGUCAGGUCCGGACCCCCCAGGUGUAGCGGACAGGUCUCGGCCCUCAGGCGGAGCGGAGGCGGCGCCGGACCCCCAGGUGGAGCGACAGGUCUCGGGCCCGAGCUCCUCAGGCAGGAGCGGCGGGCGGGCGACGCC